CCUUUGUGACGUCACCAUCAGCUGUUUGGACGUUCUAAUUUCUGAUCUGGUCUGAGAUCAGCAGCAAUAACAGAAAAUAAUAAUAAUCACCCUGAAGCCAGUGGAGGGAGGGUCCGGCCCCAACAGCAGCCGCCUACAGCUUGCAAUGGUGCAUAUCUUCUGAGAAGAACAGACACACCACCACCACCUCCUGCAUCUUUUUUUUUUAAUUUCCAUUUAUAAUGUUGUUGAUUUUAAUUAAAACUACCUCACAGACUGCCUAAAGCUGGUGCUUUACGAUAUUUAAAAAAAUCUUGUGGGUUUCUUGCGGUGUUGUUUACAAAAUAAUUGCUGACAUUAAAGGCAAGGCCUUUGCACUGAAGCCAAGUGAAGAACCUCAUGAUUGCACUAUACAUAACUCGACUCAGCUAAGCUUUCACUAGGAAGGAAGGGGUUUCUGCCCUUCAGAAGGACUCGUCCACCCAGACAGGACUCUCAAGCGUCACUCUCCCACCCGGCACCCACCAGCAACAUCCAUCUCCGUGCUCUGAGGCAGGCACUCGACGCUGGGUUUUUCUUCUCUCUUCCCAUCAAAGCUCACCUUGGAAACCAUUCCCCAGCCAUGUUCCAACGCCUCACCAGCCUCUUCUUCAGUGACAGCAGCACACCUGAGGGCCUGGAGGAACCCAAACCCUUUGUCUCUGAGGAGGAGGAAGAGGAUGGAUGGCUCAUUAUUGACCUUCCAGCUAGUUACACUUCAGCCCCAAGCGAAGAGCAGCGGGUAGAAGGCCCCGGCCCCGUCAGGUUGGAGAGCAGCCCCAUGGAGGACCUCUUGAUCGAACACCCCAGCAUGUCCGUCUACGUCACCAGCAACAGCAUUGUGGUGGAAAGGGAGAGCCCUGACGAACCGAUCAGUGAAGGGGACGUGCCUGAACCCCGGCUGGAGCGCCGCACCCCGCACCACCCCACCUCUCUCACGGCAAAAGCUGCCAUCUUGGAGAAGGUCAGUCAGGUCCGUCGGAUCCAGCGGGCAAAGCAGCUGGUGGAGAAGCACAAGCUCAGUCAGAAGGUCAUGCAGCGGCAGAACCGCGCCAGAGAGCGCCACCCCCGGCGGGCCAAACACCAGGGCAGCUUUGUCUACCAACCAUGCCAGCGCCAGUACAACUACUAAACUACUUCAGGAAGUCUGCACCGCGGGGCAUUACCCUUUUAACUCUCAAGCUUCACGUCCCAUCUUGCGAUGCUUUCUCCAGCAGAGGUGUCUUCAUCCUUUCUCUGGAAUAAACCUAUCCCCAUGAGAGACGCUUUUCAAUUUCUUCUGAACUGAUGAUGCUCCACAGCAGAUCCUUGCUGGGCUCUCCUUCGGUUUCACUCCCCUUUUUACAUUAGAGUAUACAUUUACUUACCUAUUAUUUUCUUCCUUCUCCACUUCGAUACCUUGCACUCCCCUCCCCACCACUGCAGCUUUUGCUCUGGCACUGAGCAGGAGAGAAAGCCGGCACAUCACCCUCACGUAACCUAAUGACACUGGCUGGGGGACAGCUUUUAAAUGUCAAGAAAUGAUUUAAAAGAAUCAGUGCUAAAGUCUCUGGAAAAACUUGUGUCCAACCAGUUACCCUCGGGAAAAUGAUUCCUGAUGGGAGGUAUUUCCCCAGCUCCCCGACUCCCUCCCCAAUACUUGAGUAAGUUCUUCCAGCUGCUCUUGCAACGGUUACCAGUAUUUGAAUUCGAGUUUGGUGUUCCCAGUGAAUGCUCUACUUUUCACUAAGCUUAACACCAAUGUUACGCUGAAUUUAUGGGAGGGUGAAGACGCCCCGUCAUUUCCUUUGUCCCUUGCCGUUGUAUUGGGAGCCUGUGACGUCAGUGCCUUUCUUUAUGACAUCACACUCUUCUCCAUGGAACAGAUUGUGAUGUCACAAAUGGAGAUACCAGAUUCAAAUGCAAACUGGAACAAAAUAACAACAAAAUUGGCCCAAAUUCCAGGAAAAUGUAAAUUUAUGUGGAAUAAAGACCAUUCCCCCCAUCCCCCUUUAAAAACUGGAUUGUAUAUUAGAUCCUCUCUGAAUUAACUUGGGAGCUGGGAUUGUGGUGUCACUGAUGAUCCUUACUUGCAUGCUUUUAUUAUCUAGCUGUCUGUUCAGAGGUGCCAUGCUGGAGUAAAGGGAACCCUGCUUGAGCAUCUCCUAGCAAGUAUUUAAGGCCUGAUUUUCAGAAGUGUUGAGCACCGACAACUCCAACUGAAAUCCGUGGGAGCUGCAGCUACUGAGUGCUUCUGGAAAUCAAGCCUGUGCAGUAUUACUGUAGCCCUUAAUUCCCCACAGCCUUUUUAAAAGAGUGCAAAGUCCAUUUUAUUAUUCCGGUGCUUUCAGGUUACAGUCGGGUGUCUUACAAUAUGUUUGGCCCACCCCUCCAAACAGCUUUGCUUAAGGGACAAGUGUCAAAGCUCUAAGCAGAUUAUUGCAUGUGGAACACAGGGCAGAGAUCAGGUGGUCUUUAGAAAGGCUGAACAAAUCUGCCUCGUGAAAUGGUCAGGAACAUUCACCAGCUUAGGCAAAAAACAACAAGAAACAAAUCCCGCAAUGACUUACUUGCAUUUUACAAUGACGAAGCCUUUAAAAAGCCCUCAUCCAUUCGAAUAAAGAAUUCUCAUUCCAAGCAACAGGCUGGGCAGAAGCCUGUGGGGGUGGAUUAUCUGAUUGGUUGUAAACACCAUAUUAGAUCUUCAGAGCCAAUGGUUGAGCAAUGAACGAGGAGGCCUACCCCCUAGACUAGGUUGUCAUUUCCUCGGUCUGUCCAAAUCACUGGAUUUCUGGCAAAAGGUUCUCCCUGGUCUCCGCUGGUUUUGGUGCCCCGGGGAAGCCAGUGAUCUGUACAUGUCCAAACAGGUCUUGGUGUUUUCUAUUUUCAGUCAAAAUCUGGGCCCUCGGAAAACAAACCCGCAAAGCAGCAUUGUGUAAAUCCCACUACCUCCAAGGAGCUGUUAGAGGAGCCACUCCCAGCAGACAGGUCUAGCCUCAGUGGAUGAUGAUACUUCUUGAGCAUGAUCCUAAAGCUAGUGGUUGGACAUAACCCAUCACUCAAACCCCCAGGCGUGAGAAUUCUCCUUCACGCUGGUAUAACAGCCUGUGGUUUGCUGCCCCAUCUAGCGUUUGGGAGGACAGUGCAGAAAGGGGCUUGUGCAAUAGUCACAGAGGUGGUAAAGUAUGUCGAAGCUGGUAGCGAAAGGAUGUGCAACAAGAGAGGAAGCGAAAGAGAUUGGGGACAAAAGAAAGGCAGGAGGAGAGAGGCAAGACAAGAAACGAGGAUGGAAACUGGAGCAGUUGAGAGGGUACAAGCCCAAGGCCGAGAACUGUGUAGCACAGAACUUGUGCCUACGUGGAUGGAAAAAGAUACAAGUCCCCCAAGAAGAGGUAUAUAUGGCAGCUCCCCUAUUCCACUGUUACAGGCAGGCCUAACGCUCGCUAGUCUGAUAGUCCCUACAGGACUAUAGGGAGUUUCUGAUGGGAAAUAAAGUUCCAGGCGUUCAGCCCAGUUGAGGAAUUUCUUCUCUGUAGUCAGAAUGGGCUAAUAGAUAACCCCCGGUUAACUGCACUAAAGAUUGUGCCCUGUGUCAUGAAUAGCCAUAUUCAUCCCUGGUGGUUUUAAUGCUGCUACGCCAGAGCUGGGUUUGGCCCAACAUGUUUAUCCUUAAAAGGCCAUUGUCAAGAUAUAAAAAAUUGUACGUUAAUAAUACGCGAUUAGUAAAACCGCAAAGCUGUCUGAAAAUCACUUUCCUCCAUUAAUGCUCUUUAUUUACUGCUUGCACUUCACUCCCUGGGGGAACGAAACUAGGCUGUCCACAGGCAGGCUCCCGUUCCCAUUUGCACAAUGCUGUUGAGUUUGAGUUUCCACCAUGCAAGGCCAUGUUGAGCUACAAAAAUAAAACCACUUUCACUGGAAUUUCUUCUAUAAACCAUUAUUCAGACCUUUACCUUCAUAGUAGGUUUUGUGAAAUUGUGUUUUUAAAAAUAAUUGUAAACAGUGGGCCUCCACCAUGUGAGCGCCGCUUUUAAAAUGUCUAAUAAUUGAGCUCUUGAGAGGGAAUAAACUUACAAUUAGCAGCCUCCAGGAAUGGAGGCUAACAGAUCUGGUUAGCCCGGAGAAUGGCUAAUAUAAUUUUGCCUGCAGGAUCUAGCUAAAAUGCAGGUGCCAUGGGAGCCUCUAAAAAUACAGAGAUAAAUGGGAUUAUUUUAAAUAUAUUUAAUAUUUGUUGUUCUUCAGUGUAAUCAACCAUUGUUUGAAACAGCCCUACUGCCUCUAUAACUCUCCCAGUUUGGCUUUUGUAAAAUUCUGCACAAGACCAUUAUUAGUGUCUCCAAACACAAAGCCCUGCUGCCCUCAUGACACUACUGAACAGAAAGUUCUCACACAGCAUGGAAAUAAAUUCUAACCCGCCUAGAGAAAUAAGAGCAGUGCCUGGCAAAGAUUAAAAAACAGUAACAUCAUCCUGUACUAAUGGAAAGGCCGCUGCAGGCAGCUAUUUCUGAUUGAAUCAUUGGUGACUCUAGUAACUAGAGAUAACUCCCAACCAAUAUGCUGGACCUGAACUCCUCCCCCACCCCCAGCACACACAAACCUUGUUGACGUUCCAGCUGGCUCUGAGCUCUGUAGCUUGGGCCCAUCUCUAAUAGGAACCUGAUUUUUAGAACCUGAUCCCUCCUUUCAUUGAAGUCAAGGGCAAAAUUCCCAUAUUGCUAGGAUCAGCUGUUUGUUCCUCUUUGCUUUUGCACCCUUGUCAGCAUCAGGAGAGGCAGCCGAGCUCAUGUGCACAGAUCUCUUGGCAAGACGGUUUAACAGCAGUUAAGAGAAAGAGAGAGAACUUGAAAAGCCAGUGUUAUUUCCCAUGGUCUGGAUGAGCCCCACCCCUGUCUGUUUGAUACCAGCUCCACAUUGUCUCCACGUGUUGGAGCAGGCAGUGGUGUGAUAGAACUUCAUCUGCUCACUGCUGAAGGUCCCACCAGGAGCGUGUUAAAGAUGGCAACAUGUCUAUUAUUUCAUUUGCAGCCGACUCCUUACCGGAGACUGGCAAUGUCUUGACUUGAUGGGACAUUUACAGCCAUUCACAUCCUUAGUUUUCUAUUAAAUGCCUUUUUCUCAAGUGAGCCCUGAUGCAAGUUGGGACUGGUGCAUUUUACAUGAACGCCGACUCAAGUUCCUGCAGAGGUGAGGAGGAGCUAUUUCCUAAACUCGUCAAUGUCCAUGUCAGAAUUAAGAAUUUUUUAAGCAGCAGCAUAGGAACAGGGUUAAAUUUUGGAUGCUCAUCAAGUCUCCGCCCCCCGCAUCCCCGGUUCAGUUCUCCUUUCCAUAGGCUGUUUGGUCAAUCUGUUCUGCAGCAUUAGGCUGUUUCAUGCACAUAAGGUGGCUUUAGAGGGAGAUUUCCUUGCUGGAGCAGACACCAAUAAAGAGCUGUAUGAGGUCAGUAAUUUUUCUGCCUCCCGGUCAGCUGCCACCUGUUACAGUUACACAGUUCUACACCUCCACUUACGACAUGCCUCAGGCACCCUGCAAAUGACAGUGAUGUCACAAAUUUAACAUGAUGAUGUCACCCAUGCCCAGAGCCCCCAUAACACUUGUGAUAUUUGGAGCUGACCAUUGUGUCUUGCAGAUCAAACAGGUGCCAAAUGGCUGCGAGAGAGAGCGAGUGAGCAAAGCUUCCUAGAAACACAAAUUGCUUUGGGGAAUGCUACUCACCUUGUACAUCUUACAAUGCAUGUGUCUGCUAAGCUGCUCCCAAGCAUUUCUCCCAGUAGGAGAAGUCCCUCUUUAAAAGCCUCCCAGCCUCGCUAAUUGUCCAGGACAGUGAGAAGCAAAAACUACUCAAUUAGGACUUGAUCCAGCAGCAAUUGAAGUCAAUGGUAAAGCUCUAGUCGCCCUCAGUAGUGCCGGCCAGGGCCCUUAAGUGCUGUUAAAACAGAGGCACUGAGUCCAAUAGCCCAACUGCCCGUUUCAGUGGUAGUUCAUUUCUAAUAUUUAAAGUUUUAUUUUUUUUUAGAAGGAGAAUGCAAGGAACUUUGCUUGGAUGUCAUCGUUCUGCACAACUGCAUCAUGUUAUCCCUAGUCAGCAGGGGAAACCAAGCAAAACUACCAUCUCACUUUAUAUCAAGAGUUUAGAAAGGGUUAAUCAAGGAUUAAUAAUGUUUUACUGAAAGGUCAAAUUAUUGUUAGACAGGUCACUAGGUUACUAUUACCAUGGCUUACAAGCAUCUAAAACACAGACUGUUCUCAACGUAAUCAUUUAUUAACCCUUUAUAAGCUGAUUAGAAAUGCACCUGCUAUCAAGUGUGACCAAACAGCUAAUGCUGUGACAGAGGUGUGUUCACACUGUGCUUGGAGGCGAUCACUAGAAGUACUGGUCUGCUACCAAAUUUCCUGUCCUAGUUCUUUAACCAUCAACCAGAGCCCGUCACGCUGAGGUUGGAUGGCUCUCCUUUUAUCUUAAAGCAAACAAAAGGUGCUUAAAACACAGAAUCUUUGGGUGCACGUGUGUAAAUAUUUUAAAAACACAGAGUGGCUGUAUGGUGUUGAUUUUGGUUUUGCAUUCAGUAUUUCCAGUUUGUGGUUAGUUGUGUGAUGCUCCCAACUGAAAGGUUAAACAAACAAACUAACCUGUGGCUGGGAGCGUGUUGUUCUGAUCUCCUACUUUAAUGGCUAUGCGGAGUUUUCAAUUUCUUUUUUAUUUGUGUAGGGGAAAUUACAGCGUGGACUCAGGGACAAACACGUGCAUUGGGAUCUUUAAAAGUGCAUAUUUCAGAACAUUUGAUUCUGAUGCGUUCUUUUAUUUCUUGGGAGGCUGUGGAUACGAAUCUGCACGUCCUAAAGGAAUCUGUGAAACCUAGUGAGAUGUCUUUUUAUUUUCUUAGCAUGAAUUGCUAGUAGCUGCCUUUUGGAAGAGGAAAAGGAUUCAACUGGCACCAGUGUAACUGUGUAACAGAUUUAAAGUUAGCAGUGUCCACUUACUAGCUAUGGGGCCACUCAGGGGCACACCCACCUCACUCAUGUGGGUCCCAGGAAUCACAUGGAAAUUGUUGAAAUACAAUUUAUUCCUCCUCUAGGCCAGCGUUAUUGGAAAUAUCUAGCUAGCUAUUUUUAAGGAAUAUAUUUUGAGAGGGCAUCAAAGCCCCCAAGGGCUUGGGGGCAAUGCCAAGAUCUUGGAGGCAGAGCGAACAACAGAUCUGUGCUCCACAUGAAUCACAAACUUGAGCUAGAUCUUGCUCCCAGCGGAGUCAAUGGGAGCAGGAUAGGGCCAGGCGGGUGCAAAAUGGUUUGGAAAAAGUGCGUUGAGAGUAAUAAGGGGGCAGGGGAGGGGGCAUUGCGACGGUUGUUCGCGCUCUCAGGAAUAAUGUCAUUUCUGAUUUUUUUUUUUAACAUUAAAAAAAAAAGGCACCAGGUGGAAAACAAAGUCCUGGGGGCGCGUCUGUUUAGAAAGCCAGGUGGGCUUGGCUCUUGCUUACUCAGCGGGCUAAUGCUGAGGCCACGGCCAGCAUGGGCAGUGCAAUGGAGUAGAUCUUCUAAUAACUCUUGCCCAUCUUUAGAGCAUAGAAGCCAGAUCCCUGCGAGGUACUAUCCCCCCCCCUCCCAUGACCCAGGAGAGCGCUCACAGCCAGUCAGGCUCUAUGCGAGGGGAGGGGCAGACUGCAGGGAGGAGCCAGGGGGAUGACUGUCAUUCCCCCGCCACCUGGGUGGAACUUGCAUGGAAAGAGCAACAUGGCGCCAGGCCAGAUUAUCUCUUCUGCAGAGCUCCUCUCCAGGGGCCAGAGCCAGUGGGGAAAUAUAACCUCUGCCUGGCUGACCCUGCCUGCCUGUGGAUUCUCCCACAAUCGGCCUGGUGCAGAAUCAGAACCCACAUCCUCUGCCAUGCAGCGGUAAAUUCUGCCCUUCUUAGUUGCAGGGGGUGAGGGAACCGCUUUGCCCAUAAACACCACUGACCCUGCUUUUUUUAAGUCAACAAGAGGUUGGCUUCAAUGGGGGCAUGGGCAGCCCUUGAG